AUGGUCGAGAAAGAGCGUCGUACAUCAUUCUCCGAACGGGUACUGCAGUUCCAGCCUGUAGAAGUUUCGAUCCAAAACGAUUACAGAGCUGUUUUCGAAGCCGUGGACUAUAAACCGGUUAAAAGUAAGUUUCACUUUUGAUUUUUUUUUGGUUUUUAGGUGUCAAGGCUCAUAGAAAUGUUUGGAGAAGAAGUUAUUUUGAAUUUUUGAAGUGGAGAUGUAUAUUAUCCAUGUUAUUUUCAGAGAUUUGGGAGCUAAACGUGAAGCUCAUCGAGAAUUCUACGAGUCGAGAACUGGGCUCGAAAACGGUCAAAUGGCCACAUUCAGAUCCGCCGGCAGAUGUAAGUGUUUUUAGAAUAAAAACUAAAAAUUUGGCCACUUCUCGACUAAAGUAAUAUAAUUUUAGUUCCGGUAUGACUCUGACAAUAAGAACUUGGUCUGGGAGAAUGCUCAAGACAUCGCGGUCCUUCCCGUGAGGCUUCCAAACAUCAGGAAAGCCACUUAUGUCCCUACAUUCAGCGCUCAGUUCCAACCGGCCAAACCUUCAAGUCAAAUUAGAUACGGCCUGAAAUUUGAUGAUGCUUCGAAGCCGAAGAAACCCAAGUUUGGAGUCUGCAAAGACCUUAUUGUCAAGGUAGGCGGUGCUUUGAUAAAAUUCCAGAAAAUUUUUUAUAUUCUCCAUGAUAAAAAAUGUUGUUUUAGGUGUCAACUGCGAAUGGCUUCAACGCAAAUGCUUCCUCAUCAGUUGUUGAAACCCCCGAGACCCCGAAAGCGAAUGGAAAAGCGAGAAAAAAGUCAGUUAGCCAGUCGAAAGAAAAUGGAAAUGGCGUUUCGACGAUGGUCUCUGAUUUUAUUCAAACUCUCAGAGAAAAUCUGGACUUCAACCCGCUGUUUGAAGAGCGACUGCCCCGAGAUCAGCAAGUCCGUGCCCUAAAAGCUUUGAGUUACUACUGGGAGAUUGAUGGAACUGAAGAUGUCCUCAGGGGAUUAAUUGCAUUGAGAUUUUUUGAUCUUUGGUAAGUAUUUUAAUUUUGUUUUGUUGGCUUUUAGGUAACGUUAAGCUGAAAGAGGUGAUCAGGCGUCAGAAUCGGGAUUGAUAUGAAAAUUCCGGAUGUAAUUUACGCAUUUCCAGGUCGGUGAAUGAAUUCCUGACGGAAAAAUUGACAAUCGGAGCCGCCUCACUCAACGAACCAUUGGUCAAAGUCCUCCUCGAACAGCCCUCGGUACUCUUGAUAGAAGACACUUUUGUUCAACUGACCAAAGCGGCCGUCCAGGAUGAAUUUGCCAGAAAAGUUUUGUUGCAGAAAUGCAUUCCCAAAGUUAAUUCGGCAAAAUUGAAUGCAGUUUUGGACACGGAUGAUGCUCUUGAAUUGUUGGAGAAGCUCUUAGUGGAUUUUGUAUACACUGCAAACGUCAAUUCGAAGGAUUUGGGGAGGGUAAGAUCGGAAAGCAAGGAGAUAAUCAAAUUAUUUAGAAUUUGGAUGCGAUUUUGUUGUUAGUCACUGCUCUCUCGGACAAAUUUUUGUGGAUUAACGACGAAGAACAGCUGGAACAGCUCCGGGAUAUUCAAAUUUCGAUGAAUCAGAUGGUAGGAAUAAAAUUUGAACGUUUUUUCACAGAUGUUUAGUACAAUAUAAAAUGUUUGAUGUUUUCAGUUCAAACUUUGCAAAUCCUCGAUCAGUGUGGUGGAGAUGAACCGGGUAGUCAGCAAGCUCCCGGAAAACGUUGCUUGCCCAAGUACGGACUUUAAAAUCGUCAAAGCCAAAAUCAAAAAGACAACAGUUGUGAAAUUCGAAGAAGAAGAGGAAGAAAUGGAAUAA